ACAGGAAGUCAUCUGAAGCGGAGUAAAAUUAUUGGCAGAGCGGAGAGAAAGAAGUUUUGCAGUCUGCAGUUAUUCUAACAGUCGGCAAUGAUCUAUCUGAGUGAUCUUUUGUGAGGACCAUGUUGGAUUGUUAAGGAUCCAUGAAACGUGGAUUCUGACCUGCCUGGACUGAACCCGAAGCUGCUGUGGAAUGUGCCUGGAAAUCUUUUCUCACUGGACGUCUUUCUUUGACAAACAAGACACACCUCUGACCAGAAACAUCAGGUGAAUUUCAAACAAGAAAAGUUGGAGAAAACUUAAGAGACAAUGAAUGCGACUGAUCCACCAUGUGUCAAAAUUGAAGAUAGCAGCAUCAGUGACUUCCUUAUGUCUGUCUACAUUCUGGCAUUUAUCUUUGGUUUGAUUUUUAACGUGGUGACUUUUUGCCCCAUUCUGCAACAAGUACGGCAGCAAAAUGUUUUGGGGAUUUUCCUGCUCAGCCUGUCUGUGUCUGACAUGCUUUUCAUUUUCACCAUGCCCCUUUGGAUGAACUAUUACCGACAGGACCACCACUGGAAGUUGGGCGUUGAGUCCUGCAGUGUAGCUGGCUUCUUCUACUACACGAACAUGUAUAUUAGCAUCUACCUUCUCUGCUGUAUCUCUGUGGACCGCUGCCUGGUUGUCAGUUACCCACUGCACUUCAAGGCCCACCGUUCAUCUUCCUACGCCUGGAUCCAGUGUGUUGUCGUUUACGCUGUAGUGACGGUGUUGCACGUCAUUGUUCUGUACUAUGACAAUCUCAAAGACGCCCAUGACGACAAGAACAAAAGCGACCGUUGUUACGAGACUUACCCCAUGGAGUGGAACGUGGCCGUGUUCAACCUCGUCAGAGUGGUCAUUGGCUUUCUGGUUCCCCUGCUGGUGUUGGCGGUGAGCUAUUGGAGGGUGCUGGCCAAAGUGGGCAAAAGCCCUGGCCUCAGUGCCCGGGCUAAGAGGAAGGUCCGUUUGCUCUCCUUUGGGGUGAUUGGUAUCUUCUCAGUUUGCUUUGCUCCGUAUCACAUUCUGCUGCUCAUACGAUCAAUAGUCUUCUUCAACAACACAAACACGGACCCAGGAGGAAGUUACUGUAUAUUUGAACAAAGAAUGCACUUUUUCUUCUCAUGCACGCUCGCACUGUCGAGUCUGAACUGUGUAGUAGACCCUGUGCUGUACGUGUUGGUCAGCAAUGGGAUGCAAGAGAGAUUGCGACUGUGCUGCAGAGAGCGUGUGACGAUACCAACAGAUGACUGUGCUCUAACUGGUUCCAACAGAGAAAAAGUAAAUAAUAAUAAUCUAAUAUGAAGCACAAGAUGUAUGUGAUAAAGUUGUAUUUUGUAUGUAUAUAUAUAUAAAUAUAUAUAUACAUAUAUGUAUUUAUGUAUGUAUGUGAACCCAAUGCCAUGAUUAUGCCUACAACCGUAGAUUGUCAUGUUCAAGUUGCGUCUAGCCAUAUGUAGCAGAAUUACUAACAGCUCUUAUUUAAUCCUUCGUGCACAGACAACAAGAAAAUCUCUCAGAACCACCUGCUGUUACAUUUUCUCCUUCAUAACCUACACAGCGUACAGGCGCACUCUCAAUAAUAUAUGCUUUUCAAGGCCGGGUAAUUGGAUCGUAAUCUUGUGCUCCUGCUCUCCAGAGACUUCUCCAGCGGCAGCCACUUUUGGUUUGUUGUUGAAGAAUGAAGUUUACUUUCUCUCCAGUCAAUACAUUUGUGUUUGUGAGUCCAUGACGUCGUCCGCUGUACAAUAAAUCCAAAGUGUACCAUACUACUUGCAAAGCAGCAUGCCUUUGUCUUUGUGUCAGUAAAAGAAAAAAGAAUCCUGAUAUGGAAAUGAAAUAAACAAAUGGUUUUAUCUGGAUUUAGAUUGUUGAUUU